UUGGUACAGUCAACGAAAAAUUGGAUUUAACGGGUUAUAGGCGUUCAUUUCACAAAAUAAACAUUUUCAAUCACUGCUUCUGGAACUAAAGAACAAUGUCCGGAAGAAGGGUGCCUGCGAACGAGGAUCUCUCGAAUGUGGAAUUCGAAACGAGUGAGGAUGUCGAAGUGCUCCCGACGUUCAAUGCGAUGGGGCUUCGGGAAGAGCUUCUGCGGGGUAUUUACGCGUACGGUUUCGAGAAGCCGUCUGCCAUCCAGCAAAGAAGUAUUCAACCUAUUGUAAAAGGUCGCGACGUUAUCGCCCAAGCACAAUCUGGUACGGGAAAAACGGCAACAUUUUCCAUAUCCAUUCUGCAGUCGAUGGACACCACGUUGCGAGAAACGCAGGUGCUUUGUUUGUCACCAACACGUGAGUUGGCCGUUCAGAUUCAGAAAGUCAUUCUAGCGCUGGGAGAUUUCAUGAACGUCCAAUGUCACGCCUGCAUCGGAGGAACAAAUUUGGGAGAAGAUAUUCGCAAGCUGGACUACGGGCAGCAUGUAGUCAGUGGAACGCCUGGUCGAGUGUUCGACAUGAUCAAACGUCGAGUCCUGCGAACACGCUCCAUAAAGAUGCUGGUGCUGGAUGAAGCCGAUGAGAUGCUGAACAAGGGCUUUAAGGAACAGAUUUACGAUGUGUAUCGAUACCUUCCACCAGCCACACAAGUGGUUCUGAUUUCGGCCACCUUGCCGCACGAGAUUCUUGAAAUGACCUCUAAGUUUAUGACGGAUCCGAUUCGCAUUUUGGUAAAACGUGAUGAAUUGACACUGGAAGGUAUUAAACAGUUCUUUGUCGCUGUCGAGCGUGAAGAAUGGAAGUUUGACACACUGUGCGAUCUGUACGAUACGCUCACCAUCACUCAGGCGGUCAUUUUCUGUAACACAAAGCGCAAGGUGGACUGGUUAACCGAAAAAAUGCGUGAGGCAAAUUUUACGGUCAGUUCGAUGCACGGAGACAUGCCGCAAAAGGAGCGUGACGAGAUCAUGAAGGAGUUCCGUUCCGGUCAGAGCCGCGUGCUUAUCACCACCGACGUUUGGGCUCGCGGUAUCGACGUGCAGCAGGUUUCGUUGGUUAUUAAUUACGAUCUACCGAAUAACCGUGAGCUGUACAUUCAUCGUAUCGGCCGAUCGGGUCGAUUCGGUCGCAAGGGUGUGGCAAUCAACUUCGUUAAAUCGGACGACAUCAGAAUCCUGCGAGACAUUGAACAGUACUAUUCUACGCAAAUCGAUGAAAUGCCUAUGAAUGUGGCAGAUCUUAUUUAAGUAUGUUGUAUGAACAUAGAGAGCGAGUAAUGUAACUUUUCGUACCACUCAUCCAAUCCGCAGUACUUGCGGUAUAGCAGAUAGCGAACGUAAACUUUUAAGCAUGUAAUCAUACAUUGUAUAUGUUUUGAAUUUAACGAUGGACUUCAAAUAAAACGCAUAGA